UAAGCUGCAAAAUUAAUUCAUAAGAUGAUGAAAUCAGAUUUAAUUCAAUCUGUUUUUGGUUUUAUGUAUAGCGACGCUGCUGCGAAGGCAAAGAAAAUGCCUUGGUGUAUGUACGUGAUGAUGUACACCCUUUGUAUAACAAUUGGGUUAGCUUCACUCAAGUAUCACAUGAAUCCAGACAAGUUGUUUGUGGACAACCUCGUACCGCUCUUGUGUUUUAUUGCAUCAACUGGGUUUUACUGGCUAGUAGAAGAAGCAAUGAAGAAAUCAACGCUAAACCCGGACGAGGUUAUGCCGAACACAAGCGGCGGGGAUCAUCACACUCGUCGCGAUUGUGCCUCCAGUACUAGUGAUGAGGAUGAAGCGAUUAGGAGAACACCGGUGCUCACGUACGUGAUGACAUACACGUUUCCCGGUAUUACAAUCGGCCUUGUAAUGUUGAAAUACCACGACAAUCCAAACAAGGUUUUCAUCAAUAACGUAGUACCGUUGUGGUGUUUUAUCGCGUCUACUUUCGUUUAUUGGCUAAUAGCAGAGGCAAUGAAGAAAUUAACGCUAAUAAAAUCCGACGGUACGUUGUCUCAAAUGUCACUAAUCUUUCUACCCUACCCGGAAUCGCUCGUGCCUCUUAUAAUCUGGAUACCUAUGCCCGUGAUAUUUGUGACGUGGCCUAUAUCUCAUUACAUGUGUGGUAUGCUAAGAAUUUCUUAUUCUUGCAUUGUUGUUGGUGGUGCCGACGACGGAUCUCCGUAA